AUGUACAGAACCGCAGCUUCUCGCCUCAGGUCUCUUAAGGGGCGUGCAAGCAGCAGGUUCCCUGUAAGCACUGUGUCACCUGCAAGAUUCGCCAGCUCGGGUGCUGCCGUAUUGCAGUCAUCCUCUUCAGGGGGGAUCUUAAGCUGGUUUACUGGUGGGAAUUCCAACUCUUCAGUGCCUCUCAACUUUCAGUUUCCAGGGGUCGAGCUCCCACCAUCCCUGCCUGAUCUUGUUGAGCCGGGGAAAACCAAGAUUACUACGCUCCCCAAUGGUGUCAAAAUUGCAUCUGAAUCAUCUUCGAACCCUGCUGCAUCAAUAGGCCUAUACAUUGAUUGCGGUUCAAUCUAUGAGUCACCAGCCACAUUUGGAACCACACAUCUGUUAGAGAAAAUGGCCUUCAAAAGUACAAGAAAUCGCAGCCAUUUGCGAGUUGUGCGAGAAGUGGAAGCAGUUGGCGGUGUUGUACAAGCCUCAGCAUCUCGGGAGCAAAUGGGGUAUACUUUUGAUGCUCUAAAGACCUAUGUACCCGAGAUGGUGGAGUUGCUAGUUGAUAUUGUAAGGAAUCCUGUCUUCCUAGAUUGGGAGGUCAAUGAACAGCUUCUGAAGGUCAAGUCUGAGAUAAGUGAAGCUUCUAACAAUCCCCAUGGCUUACUGUUGGAGGCCAUUCACUCUGCUGGGUUUUCUGGUGCACUGGCAAAUCCUCUUUUAGCUCCUGAAUCGGCUAUUAAUAGGUUGAAUGGUACUCUGUUGGAGGAAUUUGUGGCUGAAAAUUACACUGCCCCUCGGAUGGUGCUUGCAGCUUCUGGUGUUGAGCACGAGGAACUAGUAUCCAUUGCUGAGCCUCUUUUCUCUGACCUGUCACAAGUUCCAAAACCUGCCGAGCCUCAAUCUGUUUAUACUGGAGGUGAUUACCGUUGUCAAGGAGAGUCAGGGGAUAUGGUGACCCAUUUUGCUCUCGCGUUCGAACUCCCCGGUGGCUGGCAUCAGGAUAAGGAUGCAAUGUGCUUGACUGUUCUUCAGAUGCUUAUGGGAGGUGGUGGAUCAUUCUCCACUGGCGGCCCUGGAAAAGGAAUGUACUCUAGGCUUUAUCUUAACGUCUUAAAUCAGUACCCACAAAUUCAGUCAUUUUCGGCAUUCAACAAUAUUUACAACAGAACUGCCUUAUUUGGUAUCCAAGCAACCACUACUUCAAAUUUUGCAGCCAAAGCGAUUGAUAUAGCCGCUAGUGAACUUCUUGCUGUUGCUAAGCAUGGUGAAUUUGAUCCCGUGCAAUUGGCUCGUGCCAAGCAGGCUACAAAAUCUGCCAUUUUGAUGAAUUUAGAAUCCAGAAUGGUUGCUUCCGAAGACAUUGGUAGACAAAUUUUGACAUAUAGUGAGAGGAAACCGGUGGAGCAUUUCCUGAAAGCCAUAGAUGCAGUUACAGAGCAGGAUGCUGCCAAGCUUGCACAAAAGCUCAUUUCUUCCCCUCUUACGAUGGCAUCCUAUGGAGAUGUUAUCAACGUUCCAACCUACGAUUCAGUCAGCAGCAAGUUCAAAUCAAAAUGA